AUGGCCAUGAAACUAUUAAUCGUAAUUACUACACUGGCAUUACAUUAUGCUUACGAAUACCAAGAUGCGAAUAUUUUAGAGCAAAAUACGUUUAGAAAACAGCAAAACACACGGUUUGUACAACAGCGGACCACUGGAAUGUUCCAAAAAGGGAGAAUGGUUAAGACGAGCAGGACGAUUGAUGUUGAUGGUAGUAACAGCAGGAAGUUGAGUGGUGGUAAACUGGGAUAUAAUUCAAACAAAAUAAAAGAGCGAGCUUUUAAUGUUAGUGCACUGAAAAGGAUUGCUUUCAAGAAACAACAAAAAAUGGAUUUCAAGAGAGUAAGACGGGAAACCACACACCAGAAUACAACAGAGCAAAGUUUGCAAUGUGAAGUGGUCUCAUUAUCAUGUAGGAACUGCUGCGAGAACUCGAAUAACUGCCCUCAUAAAACAAACUUUUGUCGUUGCGACUCACUGUGUACAUUCUACAACGACUGUUGUGUUGAUUUCCAAACAUUUUGUGGGACGAGAAAGGAAAUUUCGUUCGGAGUUGAUCCGCAACAACUUUCUUGUAUGGCGCCGAGGCAUGUUGACACGAGAAGCCGUGAAUCGGAUCACAUUUGGAUGGUCAAUAAAUGUCCAAAGAAUAGAAAAAUUGAUGACAUAUCACGCAACUGUGAAACUGCUGAUGGUAUAAAAUUAUUGAAUAUAACGACUAUGCGAAAACUCCUUCCUGUUGUGGAUAAAAAUACUAACUUACUAUUUAGAAAUGAGUUUUGUGCCCAAUGCAAUGGUAUUGAAAAGUUUGAAUAUUUUGGUUUUAAUAUGAGAUGCUAUGUAGUACCACCCGCCACAAUUACUUCGUUUGAAGAGCUGGUCGAAUUUGCUAAAUUAUACUGCGAAACAAAAGAAUUCAUAUCCAUUUUCAGAGACGUUCAUCAAGCAGUGCGUGAAUGCAUUCAAUAUUUUCGAUACCUCUGCCCAACUCUGAAAGAACUGAACGAAAAAUGCGAUCGACAUAUCUUGUCCACAUAUCACUGCAUUUCUAUAACACAUUGGUGUAAUUUAAAUAUAUCGAAAUGGGACGUCCUGGCAUAUGACAGAUGCAUGCAAUCAAGUGAGUCUCUAUCAGAUAUGCCGGAAGAGGGACCCACAAGGAUCGAACAUGCAAUAGCAUCAUUUACAGUUGUCCUUCGUUUAUCCAAAGGUGCUCCUUUUGCAAAAGUACAAGGAACACGAUGCAUGAAUGGACUGUUUUAUGAUCCUUAUCUUGAAACAUGUCGAUAUGGCGAGUCCAUUCGUCCGCCAUUAAAGGAAAACUUUGACAGAUUUGAUGUUGUGGUCUGGCUUGAUAUAAGAAAUUUUGAAACACUCGUUUCGAUCUAUUGGACUAUGCCUACUUUGAACGAAGCCAUUUCUUCCCUUGCACAACUUUUCAACUUCAAGUACUCUCAAGUAAGUGCAUUACAAUAUAUACCAACUGAAACUGGCAAGCGUCCUGAAACACAGAUCAUGCGUUUCAAACUUGAGCUGACAGACGAACAGACAUUACGCUUGGGAAAGGCCAACAACAACACAUUAUCACAUUUUGAAAAACAUCCAAAAAAUUCGACAAAUUAUCUUCCGCUUCAAAGACUUCUGUUUUUCUCAGGAAAAUUUAAUAUUACUGUUUCUAACGAGAUAGUUACUAUAUUUAAAACAACCUCUCGUCAGCUCGAGUGCAUCCGGAAACACACAUUUUUACAAGGUAAUUAUACUUCAGUGCAGAAUGGGAAAUAUUAUUUUAUUAAUUCAACUGGUAAAACAUUUGCAAGAAACCAAGUUUUUCUUGGAGAGAACAAAAGUAUUUCAGUUUGCGAGCGGAUUGUUUUCUCAACUUGUGUUGGACGAAGAAUUAAUUUGACGUCGGACGAAUACGUAAAGUUUGAGAAUUUGAGCAUCUUUUACAAUAGAACAAAAAAGAUUUAUGACUUUGGUGAAUACGAUAUCGAAGAUGGCAAGAUUUUUAUGUGUAUUCCUGAAAAACCUUCUGAGCCAAUUCAUGCGAUGCCGAGUGAUUCCGUGUUUAUCGAGACAUAUUUAACUUUGAUUUGUGUUGGUUUAUCUUUGGUCAGUUUAUUCCUGGUCAUUCAGACAUACCUCAUAUUUGCUGAGCUUCGUAACCUGCCUGGCAAAAAUCUUCUAAGUUUGUCAUUGUCGUUAUUUCUAGUGCAGUUGCUUUGGUUAAUUCCAGAUGCGUGGUACCCAUCCACAUUUUGUCUCGUGGUAGCAGUUUUGAAACAUUAUUUAUUUCUUGUAUCAUUCGUUGCCAUGGCAGCAAUUGCGUGGGACUCGUACACGGUGUUUGCCAGCAAAGAUUUUGGAAUCCGAAAAGAUUCGGCGUCCACGAAACCUGAGAAUAAGAAAUUUUACAAAUGCUCAGCGAUCGUCUGGGGUCUCCCAGCCAUGUCUGUUGUCGCGUGCACAGUCGUUGACCAGAAAGAUAUUUACGCAGUUUACGUUAAUGAGCUGUGGUGUUGGUUUGAUAAUAUCCAAGCGCAAAAGUAUCUCUUCGUCGUUCCUGUUGGACUACUCCUGUUAUUCAAUGUCACAUUCUUCGCUCUGACUGUAUUUUGUAUGCAACGUAGUCACUCAAGAACAAGAUUAAUCCUCUCAGAUGAAAGUCAUAAAACAAUGUUUUGGAUCUAUCUCAAACUGUCUGCUUUGAUGGGAUUCAGUUGGUUGUUUGGUUUAAUAUAUCUGCUCUGGAGGACACCCGUCUUCUCGUAUUUGUUUGUAAUUUUCGCAUCACUUCAAGGUGUUUAUAUCGCUCUUGCUUUUGUCGUGAAAAAAUCUGUUUGGGAAAAGUAUAAAAAACUAUUCGGAAGACAGAAUAAAUAUCAACCAGAUUAUCGAAGAAAAUUGUGCAAAAGCAGGGAAACAAGAGUGUAG